AUGGAAUCGAGACCCAAGUACCUAGCCGAUGUCAACGAUUUCAUCGAGAAUAUUUCCAACGAAUUAUGGACGAUCAAUAGAAAUAUCCACGAUAAUCCGGAGCUCGGCUACGAGGAGCACAAGGCUCACGCACUACUGACGAGCUUCCUAAAAUCGAAGAAGGGGUGGGAGGUCACUACUUCUGCCUAUGGCAUGGACACGGCGUGGGUGGCAGUUUACCACAGUGGUGAAAAGGGCCCGGUGGUAUCCUUCAACGUUGAGAUGGAUGCCCUGCCCGGCAUGGGCCACGCAUGCGGGCACAACCUUAUCGCGACUGCGUCACUUGCCGGUGGCCUGGCAACAGCUGAGAUAAUGCAGCGGAAACAACUCAAAGGGAAGAUUGUUCUCUUCGGAACGCCAGCAGAAGAAGGAGGAGGCGGCAAGAUCCGCCUUCUAGAAGCGGGAGCGUAUAGAGACCACGGGGUUGACCUGUCUCUGAUUUCCCAUCCGGGCAUCCUGCACGACAGUGCACUCGUUCAUACCACUGGUUAUACCCGGUUCAAAGCCGAAUAUUUUGGCCGUGAGGCACAUGCAGCUACUAGCCCGUGGUUAGGAAUAAAUGCGCUCGAUGCAGUGGUGAUUGCAUACAAUGGGAUCUCUGUGCUUCGCCAACAAACGAUGCCUGGGGACAUCAUCCAAGGGUACAUCACCAACGGCGGGUCGGCACCACAGAUCAUUCCCGGAUACGCCGCUGGGAUCUUUGUGGUGCGUGCAAACGCUCCCUCGGGCCUGGACACCCCUUCUCGCCUCGAGGAGCUGCGCAGAAAGGUCGAGGCCUGUUUCCGGGCCGGGGCGGAAGCGACGGGGGCCGAACUCAAGAUCACGGUGGAGGAGGCCUACGCCGAACACGUCCCGAACCGAGUGCUGGCCAAGUCAUACGCAAAGUACUGGAACGUACUGAACCCGCCGAAUCCAGGAUCGGUAGAACAAGACAUUCACAUUGGCGCGAGUACAGACCAGGGCGAUGUCAGCCACGCCAUGCCGAGCUUGAACGCAAGUUUCUCUAUCCCGCCUGGACCCGGCGGUGGGGGGCCGCACACUCCCGGCUUCGAAAAGGCAUCAGGGACGAAAGAGGCUUUCCAGAGGUGUUUGAGAACGGGGAAAGCAUUGGCUGGAACGGCGGUGGAUAUACUGGCCACGCAGGGCUUGCUGGACAAGGUCGUGGAUCAGUGGAAGAAGGACAUGGAGAAUUCCCAAUCGCGCACUGGGCUUCCGAUUUCAUGA